UAUUGGAAUUGGAUUAUGAGAAUAGCCCUGCCCAAUCACGCAACUCUUUUUGAACGUUAAGUAAAGCGCCGCCUUCUUCGCUGUCGGGUCUAAGAAGGAAGGAUAGCGCGAGGAAUCCCCCAACCUCACCACUCGGCGCAGGAGAACGGGUAUGGUUUUUUCUUAGACGCAUACCUGUUUUCCUGUAAACCCUAUAAACCUUUUUUACGUUUUCAAUUCAUCUUUUUUCAAAUAUCUCGAUCAAUCCCAAUUGGGUAUUCUGGAUUUAGCCGCGGAUCCCUGGGGAGUUAUUAGGCCUGAAGGGGUUCUGAUUGUAAAUCUCUUUUGCCUUUUUCUUUUUUGAAAAAUUUGAUGAUCUUGAUCGAUCCUGAGCCGGCGUUCUCGAUUUCGUUGUAGACUAUUCUGGGCGUUAUCGUGGAUAGAGAAGUUCUGAUUGUCGAUUUCUUUUUGCCGAUUUCGGUCGAAAUAUUUCCUGUUGUGGAUCAAUCUCAAGUGGAUCUUGUCUAUUUGGUUAUGAAUUCCUAAGGACGCCAUUACGUUUUAAGGGUUUGAUUCUGAUAAUUGAUUUUCGAUCAAAUUUGCUGAGACCGAUCGAAUUGUUUGGUGCUGAUGAUAUUUUUCUUGUGACCCAUGUGGGUGUUGUUUAAAUUGAAGGGGUUAUUUUAUUAUCGACCGUCGUGGUUAGUUUAUUGCAACUGUUGAUGUAUCUUGGUAUUAGUGAAGAGGAAGAUCGGCUUGUGAACUAUCCCUGCACAUUUCUGGGUGUUCUCAGGCUGUUGUGUCUGCCCUUUGAGCAAAAAGGCUUCUCAUUUUGUAUUCCAAGAGAUAGAUGGGAUAAGGAGUUCUUUAAGCUGCAGGGUGGGUGAUUAUAAUUGAUAUUUUUUUGAGCAUAUAUAGAAAGGUUUUUAUAGAGUAUUUGGUGGGAGUAAAUUGAUAUGGAUCCAUCGCAAGGAUCCACCUUGUCCACGAAUGUGGCUGGGCUUGUUGAUGGAUCGGCUGCAAGCAGGGAGAUUUAUUAUGUUGAUCAUUUGCCUGUUUAUGUUAAGGAACUAAUUGCAGGUGGUACUGCUGGAGCAGUUGCUAAGACUGCAAUUGCUCCUUUGGAGAGAAUCAAAAUACUCUUGCAGACAAGAACUGAAGGGUUCCGUUCUCUUGGGGUGUGCGGUUCACUUAAGAAGUUACUAAAGCAUGAAGGUGUUUCAGGGUUUUAUAAAGGAAAUGGUGCUAGUGUCCUUCGGAUAGUGCCCUAUGCAGCCCUACAUUACAUGACAUAUGAGCAAUAUCGGUGCUGGAUCUUGAAUAACUAUUCUACCUUAGGAACUGGACCAAUCAUAGAUCUUUUAGCUGGCUCAGCAGCCGGAGGGACAGCAGUUUUAUGCACAUAUCCCCUUGAUCUGGCUCGAGCUAAACUUGCUUAUCAGAUUGUGGACACAAGAGGAAGUUUCAAGAAUCGUAUGGGAAAUUUUCAAGCUCAAUCAGCAUAUAAUGGUAUAAAUGAUGUAAUAAAAAAUGUUUACAAGGAAGGGGGAGUACGUGCUCUUUAUCGAGGUGUAGGUCCAACACUAAUUGGAAUCCUUCCUUAUGCUGGUUUGAAGUUUUAUAUAUACGAGGAACUUAAAAGUCAUUUUUCUGAAGAGCACCAAAAGUCCAUUGUAAUGCGAUUGUCUUGCGGGGCUCUAGCUGGGUUAUUUGGGCAAACCUUCACUUACCCAUUAGAUGUUGUCAGAAGACAGAUGCAGGUUGAAAAUCUGAUGCCUUCAACUCAAGGUAAUGUCAGAUAUAGGAACACAAUCGAUGGGCUUGUCACUAUUGUCCGUAAUCAUGGUUGGAGACAGUUGUUUGCCGGACUAAGCAUCAAUUACAUCAAGAGGCAUCAUAUUGUUGCUGAUUCUUGUUCUCAAAAAUUAAGGCAUCUCAUUGCGAAGGGCUACAGUACCUGGGGUGAAGAAGCAUCAUCAAUUAUGUGCAAUUUUUUUUUGUUUUUGCCAUUUGUUUGUGAAUAAGAGUUGUUGACACAAUACCAUUAAAUUUUCGAGGCAUACUGGGAUUUAGAGAAUUUAUUUGCUAGUUUUACCUGUAUAAAUGCAAGUUUCUUGAUAAUUUUUAACUCGUUGAAUUUAAUCACUGAUUCUGGCCAAAAUUUUGGUUGGGAGUAGUCCUUGAUUUUUU